CAUAUCCUUGUAAAAUCCAGCAGCCGAAAGGUGAGUAAGCACAGCAACUCUGAGCACGCUAUGUCCCUUCUACGCACCGUCAUCAUUGUAGUCGGAGUCUUCAUCGCUUGCUGGACACCCCUCUUUAUCCUGCUCCUGGUGGAUGUGACGUCUGAGCAGCGCUUCCCAGUCCUUUUCAAGGCUGACUGGUUUAUAGCACUGGCUGUGCUCAACUCGGCCAUGAACCCGGUCAUCUAUACUCUGGCCAGUCGCGAGAUGAGACGGGCCUUCCUGGCUCUGGUUUGUGGCGUUUGCUACAAGAUGAAGGCGUCGGUGAAUGGCAGUGGGAACAGGCAGUUCCUCGAGCCGAGCCGGAGCAGGAGCAAAUCAURGAGCAGUCAGAACAACCCCAACCAGAAUCAGCAGAGGSGUCAGGAGACGGACAAUGGAACGAAUAGAGAGGAUGUUCAGGAGGGUGUUUAGAGUGAUGGGAAAAACUGAGAAAAGAGUUCCAGAAAUCAAACCAAAUGUGGAAAGAUGCUUGAGAGAUGAAGUCAGUUUAACAUGAAAAAAAUCCAAAAUGAAGAUUGGACUAUAUUGGACUAUACAGUUGCAUCAGCACAGAAGUUUCACUUCAGUGACUAAUGUUUAUAUAUCUUAAGCAUYUGUAAGUGAGACCAGCACAGUUACUGAAUGUAGUAACUGCGCUGGUUUUGCCUUCUUGUCAAAUCCUGAAAGAAACAAAAUACGUUCAAAUGGGAUCAUUAAAAUUACWGGCAACUAUUUAGAAUAUAAAGAAAGACCAAUAUUAUUAACAGUGCAUUUCCAGAGAACAGGUCAUCUACACUCUGGCCAGUUGCGAGAUGAGACGGGCCUUCCUGGCUCUGGUUUGUGGCGUUCGUGACAAGACGAAGACUUUUUGUGGAUGGCAGUAGGAACAGACAGUUCCUGGAGCCUCGGCAAAGCUGGAAGAAAUCAUGGAGCAGCCAGAACAAACCAAAACUAGAAUGAACAGAGGGGGUUUUGGAGACCGACACACAUCCCAGUGAGGUCUCACAGAUGUCUGCAACAAGAGUACCCUCAGAAAGGGCAUCAGGACCACAGAAAAGACUGAAAAAAGGGUSCAAGUUAUCCAGAAUUAGGAACAAGCUCUUUUUCCUUCUCUUGGUGGAUGUGCCAGCACUACCCAAGCCUCUCCAAGGUCGACUGGUUUACUGGACU